AUGACGUAUGCAGUACCAGCAAAUAAAGGCAAUCGCUUCAUCAUUUACGAUCCAAAAUCGGGACGGCAAAUCGAUCCAUUGCAGUAUCUACCGAUUGUAUUGGGCAAUAAACGAAAACCAUCUCAAGCCACUGGAAACAUAAUAGAACUGCCUCAACUCUGGAAUCCCUGUUCCUGCACUGACUUCGUGUGCAUGUGCUGUUUGGGUAUGCAAUUCACUACUGCCUUCAACAAUCGCGUUUGUGUUUCCUUGGAAUAUAACUCCGCACAACUUGCACUGGAGUUACGCAUCAAUUAUAACAGACGUAACAUUGCAACAUUUGGUUUCUCAGCACGUAAUCCGCCGCCUAUGUGUAUUCCAGUACUCUUGCCCUUUCCGAUUUACACCUGCUUGCGUUUGUACGAUAUACGUGCCUAUGCCGGUAAUGUACAUGUGUGUCUGUCUUUAGUGCUCAACGCUUUUUGGAACCAACUCUUCGAAUUUCAUUUCGAUUGUGUGCGAUUCGGUUUGAAUGGCAUUGAAUUCGUUACGAGUACAUCAAAUGGAAAUAUUGAUCGGAAAGAUAUCACCACCACUGUUAAUACUCUAAGCUUGGAUUUCACUGAAGCAGAUUCAGAUAGUAUUAUUUUUACAGAUAAGUACAGAGAACCCACAAAAGCUGAGAAACAAAAGCAAGAAGAAGUGUUAGUUCAGAAAGGAGUGAAAAGACGCAGGUUUGGGUGA